AUGGCAAAAAAUACCGUGAUUGUGAGCCGUAGGGAUGCCAAGCGAAAAGUCAAGAGAUCGAAGGAUGAGAUGGUUUUCCCCAAACCCUCGGGUGACAUAAGUUCGAGAGAUCCCCGACAGCGGAACCUUUCCCACAUUCUGGCCGGCCUCAAGCAUCUCAAGGCUCCAAUCGCAGGGCGCAAGGCCAUUGGCCUGGAUCUUGAGAUUGGUGGGCCUUCGAUGGAUAUGGCUACUGACUUGGGAUUUAGCAAUUCCUUGUUUCAAGUGGCCAACCUUCGUGCUGGUGGGGGGGCUCUCGCCGCACCAGUAUGUGGAUCUUGGGUGUUCCUGAGUCGUGGAAGUACUGGACGAACACGAACCAAUCCAAUGGGGGAUAGCAGUUGCCGCAGCACUCGGCUUGGCAAUUUGCUCACUGCAAGGACCCUAAUUUUGCUGUGGGUGCUGGCAGCAAAAGGCUGCUGGUGGAUUGUGGAACAACCAAGCAGCUCAUUGAUGGAGUUUCACGUUCUCUUUCAGAGAUUUCUGUCUUUGAUCCGAGUACGACGGCUGUCCAUAUGUAUGGCUGAUUAUGGUAGUCCUACCUUGAAACCAACUUACCUAUACAGCAGUCACCAUGCAAUUGACAUGCUGCCCGACUACCAGAGCACCCGGCGUCUGGUAGACAGGGAGAUGGUGCGCCGUUAUACAAACGGCGCAGGCGAAUCUCGCAUUUGUGGUGGGCGAGACUUGAAAUCAAGCCAAGCUUAUCCAAAAGGGUUUGGCGUUGCCUUGGCAAAGUGCCGGACGGCGGUCCAGAAGAAGCACCUGAAGCUGGCUCGACAGUUUCUCAGGGCAGCAAGGGCAUCGACCAAUAAGGUUGACACCCAAGCCAGUGUCAACAAAGCGUGGACGAAGGGCGCCCAACUUGAAAGUGUAAUUCAAUUUUUGUCUCACUAA